GCGCUUUAUUACUGUUUAUUUAUUAAUCAAUUUAUUUCUUUAAAUGCAUUCAUCCAUUUUAUUCCUGCAGGUAUAAAUUAUGUAAAUCACACACCUGUAUCAGUGUUGAUCAUUCACAUUUAACCUGUUCACAGCGUUUUCUAUCACCACGUAUUUAAACAAUAGCUGACAGGUUUCAGGUUUUCUUCCAGGUUUCCUCCCGGACUCCGGGUCCAGACAGCCCGGCACGGCAGCGGGAGCAGGACCUGCUGGGACCGGGCCGGUGCCGGUGUUGUGUCGGAGGGUGGAGGAUCACCGGGGAUCGAACCCCCGCCUUGUGCAACACAUCUUCUGUUCUGCGGUAAAGAUGGCGUCAGAGGGGGCGCGCAGCGGCCGGACAACGGCGACGCGAUUCUGAACGGCUCUGAUCUGACCGAACCUUGCUCGUCCGGUACCGCCGAUCGCUGCUCGGACACCAUCCGGAUCACCGGGGAGACACGGUCGCUGUCACACGGCGGAGCUGCGGUUUUAUCUUUAACGGCAGGGUGGGUGGGUUUCACUGCUAACGGGGCUAACCAGGCGAGCUAACACGGGCUAGCUAGCUUCGGUGGAGAACCGGGGAGGGGAUCGAGGAAGGAGGACUCGGGCCAGGCCGCUCCAGCUUUUUUUUUUUUUUUUUCCGGGGGAAUGUGAACCGAGAGGUGCCGCAAGGGGUUUGCUCGCUUCGUCCCAAACGCACCAAACUACCGGGAUGGGACAGCAGGUAGGCCGCGUCGGUGAGGGGACAUCGACCGGACUCCAGCCGCCGCAGCCCCACGCGUCCCAACCGCACCAAGGGAAGGGGAACCGGGGAGCGGCCGGGAGGAGACCCCGAGAACCCGGCAGUAGCACCGGACACCCGCCGGGCAGAGUGGCUGCCGUCAACGUGCCCGACCCUGGGAUCAAUAUAUUCACCCAGCAUUCAGAAGCUCUGACAGAGGCGGUGCGCUGGAGCUCCAAGGAGAACCUACUGGGGGCGGCCGAGAGCGACCCGAACCUCUUCGUUGCACUUUAUGACUUCGUGGCGAGCGGAGACAACACACUCAGCAUCACCAAAGGUGAGAAGCUGCGUGUGCUGGGCUACAACCAGAAUGGAGAGUGGAGCGAGGUUCGGUCCAAGAACGGCCAGGGCUGGGUUCCUUCCAACUACAUCACGCCGGUCAACAGUCUGGAGAAGCACAGCUGGUACCACGGGCCCGUUUCCCGCAGCGCUGCAGAGUACCUGCUGUCGUCCCUCAUCAACGGCAGCUUCCUGGUGCGGGAAAGCGAAAGCAGCCCCGGUCAGCUGUCCAUAUCCCUGCGCUACGAGGGCAGAGUGUACCACUACCGCAUCAACACAGCCACCGAUGGAAAGGUGUAUGUGACGUCCGAGAGCCGCUUCGCCACCCUGGCCGAGCUGGUCCACCACCAUUCCACCGUAGCUGACGGCCUGGUCACCACACUGCACUACCCCGCACCCAAAUGCAACAAGCCCACGGUGUACGGCGUGUCGCCCAUCCACGACAAGUGGGAGAUGGAGCGCACGGACAUCACCAUGAAGCACAAGCUGGGGGGAGGCCAGUACGGGGAGGUGUAUGUGGGAGUGUGGAAGAAGUACAACCUGACGGUGGCGGUCAAAACGCUCAAGGAGGACACCAUGGAAGUUGAAGAGUUCCUGAAAGAGGCAGCAGUAAUGAAAGAGGUCAAACAUCCAAACCUCGUUCAGCUCCUCGGCGUGUGCACGUUGGAGCCUCCGUUCUACAUCGUGACGGAGUACAUGCCUCACGGCAACCUGCUGGACUACUUGAGGGAGUGUGACAAGGAGGAGGUGAACGCCGUGGUGCUGCUCUACAUGGCCACUCAGAUCUCCUCUGCCAUGGAGUACCUGGAGAAGAAAAACUUCAUACACAGGGAUCUCGCGGCGAGGAACUGCCUGGUUGGAGAGAAUCACGUGGUGAAGGUUGCAGACUUCGGUCUGAGCCGGCUGAUGACUGGUGACACCUACACCGCCCACGCUGGAGCAAAGUUCCCCAUCAAAUGGACCGCACCAGAGAGCCUGGCCUACAACACCUUCUCCAUCAAGUCUGACGUCUGGGCUUUCGGGGUGCUAUUGUGGGAAAUCGCCACCUACGGCAUGUCUCCAUACCCCGGCAUCGAUCUGUCUCAGGUCUACGAUCUCCUGGAGAAGGGCUAUCGCAUGGAGCAGCCUGAGGGAUGCCCACCCAAAGUUUAUGAGCUCAUGAGGGCAUGCUGGCAGUGGAGCCCAUUAGAUCGGCCUUCGUUUGCAGAGAUCCACCAAGCCUUCGAAACCAUGUUCCACGACUCCAGCAUUUCUGAGGAGGUGGCGGAGGAGCUCUGUAAAACGGCCUCUUCGGGUCACUGUGGACCGCUGCACUCCUUCAGCCACGACACGCCCCUGUUGCCUUCCAAAUCCCGCAUCCUGCACAAGCACACGGAGAACAAGGAGAACAUCGAGGGCGGGCUGGACGGCCGCUCCGACCACAGCGCCCACAGCCACUCAGGCUGGACUUCCACGUUACUCGGAGGCGACGGCCGGUCCAGCAGCUCUCCAGCUCUCCCCAGGAAGCAGCAGCCGCGGGAUAAAUCUCCCAGCAGCCUCCUGGAGGAAGCACAGGACAUGGGCACAUUCACACGAGACCGCAAGACGGGCUUCUUCAGCUCCUUCAUCAAGAAGAAAUCCUCCUCCUCCUCCUCCUCCUCCUCGCCAUCCUCUCAGCUCCAGCAGAACCUCCCGACGCCGCCCAAGAGGAGCAGCUCCUUCCGGGAGAUGGAGACCCAACCCCACAAGAAGUACGAGCCCACGGCCGACUUCAGCGCCCCUCCUCCCCUGCCCCAGUCGGACAGUUUGGGGGGCUUCUCGGCCUCCCCUUCCCACUCCCACGGGGAACCCACCCAGGCACAUUCCCGCUGCUGUGGCGCCGCAUUCGGACAGAAGCCUUCAGGCAUCGGGUCGCAGGUGACGAGUGGCAGCAGCUGGGGGGGUCUGGCGGGUUUUUUCACCCCCAGACUCAUCAAAAAGACUCUGGGGCUACGGACAGGAAAGACGGCCUCCUCAGAGGACGGUGGGAGUCUAGUCGGAGGACCUAAACCCUUCCCGAGGUCUAAUUCUACCUCGUCCAUGUCUGCCGGGCUGCCGGACCUGGAGCGCAUGGCUCUGACUUUACCCCGGAACCGCAGCGCCAAGCCCCUGGAGAGGACGGCCUCCACCACCUCCCAGCCGGAGAACGGGGCCGCCCGGCACUCCGAGAGCCUGCUGAGGAGGAUGGACGAGGGCACGGCACAGAUCAGGGAAAGGCCCAAAGCCAAGCUGCUGCCCCGGGGGGCCGCCGUGGGGGUGAGGGCGCCGGGGGUCGGGGGAGAGGCGGGGGAGGGCCGGGAGGAGGGCGGAGGGCUGGAGCGGCAGCAGAGCUGGUCGUCUCCCUCCAAGAGCUCCGGCGUGUCGUCGGCCGGAGCGCCGACCCACAACCACAAAGUCCCGGUCCUGAUCUCGCCCACGCUGAAGCACAGCCCGGCGGACGUGCACCUGGUCGGCCUGGACUCUCAGGGGAACCGCUUCAAGCUGCUGUCUGAGCACCAGGCGGACCGGGACAGGCCACGGCUGGUCAAACCCAAGUGUGCUCCGCCUCCUCCUCCCACUCUGAGGGGCCUCCAGCACUCCUACAGCGGAGACGGCGAGGAGCAGGGAGGAGGAGCGCCCGUGGAGGUGAACGGAGACACGCUGAAAGGUCACAGGUCGGGCCGGACGUCGGGAGGAGGAGGAGCUUCGACAGGCAGACCGUCAGUGCCGCCACCACAAGUGCCUCCUGCAUCUUCUGCCAACACGACUCCCACCAAAAUGGCCAACGGAGCCACCACCUCCUCCUCCUCCAAGGUGGCGCUGCGGCGGACCCGGCAGCAGGUGGAGCGGGUCCCCCUGGACCGGGUGAGCCGGGAGGCCCUGCUGGAGUGCGCCGAUUGCCUGAGCAGCGCCCUCCACGCCAGCUCCGACAGCCCCUCCAGCAGCCAGGUGUUGGACGCCGGCCACCAGCUGCUAGACUACUGCUCAGGUUACGUGGACUGCAUCCCUCAGAUGAGGAACAAAUUCGCCUUUCGAGAGGCGGUGGGGAAGCUGGAGCUCAGCCUGCAGGAGCUGAGGGCCUCCUCUUCCGGGCUGAGCGGGUCCAACACUGUACUGGACAACCUGCACAGCUGUAUUAAAGAGAUUAGUGACGUAGUGCAGAGGUAGCCACGGCGACGGUACCAGACGUCACCGCCGGCUACCCGACAGAUCGCUUAUAUUCCGUUUUUUUUUUUUUUUUUACGUUUUUGGUUCUAUCGACAGCUUUUUGGGGGACGACAUGAGAUGAAUCUCUACAGUACCUCACAGAAAUCACUAUAAAAUAUAAUCUUUUUAUUGUUUACAAAAAUCUGUUUGAUAAGACGCCAGUGUGGACACUAACUUUGCUCUAAACUGUACAUAUUGAGAAAUGUUAUACCAAACUAAAUGUGGUUUCUGUCGCACCAUAAGUCUCCGUCGGGCCGCGAUAAAAAGGCCUCUUUGUUAACUGAAUGUCGACUUUUAUCAGCUGUGUGUAGCCAGUGGGAACGUAGGUCCGGCUCACUGCUUAUCUGCCCCGGCUCACUAGAACAACAAAAUGUUUUCACCGACUUUAACUCAAGCAUUGUUUCACAAACAUGUGACUCGUCCGCCGGGUGUUUCACCGUGUUUUAGCUCCACGUCUGGGGAACCGAGUGACCAUAAGCCAUUUUUUUAAAGCCAUGUAGUAAUGAAACAGUCAAAGGUUUGGAGGUCUCAAUCUGACAUUUUUUAUUUUGUGUGCAGAUGUUGUUUUUUUAUUUUUACUUUUAACUUAAGACGGUAUUUGUCAGUAGUCGGACAAAUGUGAUAGCUAUAAAAUCUCCCCAAAACUGCUUGGGAUGAAAACGUUUUUUUUUUUUUUGAGAAUAAUCAACUGCUUCGACGGUGACAUUCCCAAAUGUCCGCCUCAGGUGAGACUGCUGAGAAACGAGGGAAGGGAUCACUUUCAGAGUUCUGACAAGCGUGUAAAUAAGCUUGAACGAAACGCCGAGUUUCAGUAAUACCAAAUACAGGCUUCUCAGAUCGGAACGGAUUCUGUCAUGUUUGCCCCCCCCCCCCAUCCUGAAACCUAACGAGUGAAUGUGGGGCGUCUUAUCGUGCACAGCGUUUGUCUUCGCUUCAGUGACCGAUGUUCACAACUUUAUUAACACAGUGCCACAAACGCUACCGUUCAAAAGUUUGGGGUCAUCCAGAUAAUUCCAUGUUUUCCCCGAAAACUCCCACUUUUAUCCAUGUGCUAACAUAACUGCACAAGGGUUUUCUAACCAUCAGUGAGCCUUUCAACACCAUUAGCUAACACAAUGUAGCAUUAGAACACAGGAGUGAUGGUUGCUGGAAAUGUUCCUCUGUACCCCUAUGGAGAUAUUCCAUUAAACAUUUCCAGCUAGAAUAGUCAUUUACCACAUUAACUAUGUCUGGAGCAGGGAUGUCAUUUCAGUUCAGCCCAGUUUGAUCUCCAGUGACCAGUAAAUCACAGCAUAAUGACCUAAAAAUAACCACAAAUCUGAAUAGUUCCUUUGUUUUAGUACAAAAAGUACAUUCUGAACAUUUCCAUAGUAAAGGAAUUGUGUUUUUUAUUUUACAAAACAUUAUGAAGAACCUGAAAUUUCUGAAGAAAAUUGAGUUCAAUUUCAACAUUAUGUCUGAGUUUAUCAUUCACACGUUACCGCUUCCAGAUCAGUUUAUCUAGAUAGGAACAAAACUUUUAGUCUUCUGGAACUGAACAGUGUAGUAUUUUAAUUUAUGAUCAAACCAACAAAAGUCAGACACAAAAACUACAAAAAUGAGACACAAGAUCACAAACAGACAGAUGCAAGUGAGACAAAAAAAGACAAAACGCCAAAAAUGAGAGACAAAAGGACAAAAAAUUAGACAAACGACGCAAACAAAAGGAAACACAAAACGACAAAAACGGGAAACAAAGAAAAACAUGAGACAAGCAACUAAAGUUGGACAAAAGAAACAAAAACAAGACAAAAUAUUUUAAAAAUGAGACAAAAUGACAAAGACGAGAAACAAAGCGACCAAAAAAUGGAGAAACAACACAAGCGAAACAAAAAGGAAACACAAAACGGCAAACAAAGAAAACAUGAGACAAGCAACUAAAGUCGGACAAAAGAAACAAAAACAAGACAUUUUAAAAAUGAGACAAAAUGACAAAAACGGGACACAGAAGGACAAAAAAUUAGACAAACGAUGCAAACAAAAGGAAACACAAAACGACAAAAACGGGAAACAAAGAAAAACAUGAGACAAGCAACUAAAGUCGGACAAAAGAAACAAAAACAAGACAAAAUAUUUUAAAAAUGAGACAAAAUGACAAAGACGAGAAACAAAGCGACCAAAAAAUGGAGAAACAACACAAGCGAGACAAAAAGGAAACACAAAACGGCAAACAAAGAAAACAUGAGACAAGCAACUAAAGUCGGACAAAAGAAACAAAAACAAGACAUUUUAAAAAUGAGACAAAAUGACAAAAACGGGACAGAAAAGGACAAAAAAUUAGACAAACGAUGCAAACAAAAGGAAACACAAAACGACAAAAACGGGAAACAAAGAAAAACAUGAGACAAGCAACUAAAGUCGGACAAAAGAAACAAAAACAAGACAAAAUAUUUUAAAAAUGAGACAAAAUGGCAAAAACGAGAAACAACACAAGCAAAACAAAAAGGAAACACAAAACAACAAAGAAAACAUGAGACAAGCAACUAAAGUGGGACAAAAGAAACAAAAACAAGACAACAUAUUUUAAAAAUGAGACAAAAUGGCAAAAAGGAGUAACAAAGUGACAAAAAAUGGAGAAAGGACACAAGCGAGACAAAAAGGAAACAAAAUGACAAAAACAAUCUAGUGUGUUACUAAUUGAGCAAAAACACCUGGCCUUGGUGUAGAAAUCAUUUAUAAAAACACUAAUUUAAUGUCUUCUCUGUUAUUUCUACACUUUACAAAGUCGGGCUGGGUUGGACCCUCUGGGGGGCCUUUUUUGGCCCGCAGGCCGCAUGUUCCACACCCCUGCAUUUCCGAUUAAUUUAAAAUGAUCCUCACUGAGCAAAAACUGCUUUUAUUUCAAAAAUACGGACAUUUCUGAGUGACCCCGAGCCUCUGAACGGUCGUGUAAAUCCAGGAGGGACGUCAACGGUCCCCCCCAAAGCGUUUCAACGUUUCUGUCCAGUCCUUGCACAUUUCUUCCUCGUACGACGGAUCGCAGACGAGCGAGGGGAGGGAGAGCACAGGGUAGCGCAUGAGCCGGUGGCCUGAGCCGGUGGCCUGAGCCGGUGGCCUGGGCCGGCGUUUCUAUAAGUGUCCUUCUGCGUACGGACGGCGCUGGAUUCCCUGUAGCCUUGUCGCGGCCUCAGUGCCUCAAAUUCUUCGACGCUGCAAAAAGAGACCCGCUUCACGCUAAUCACACAGUACUGAUCUCUCAACGAAACAGAACUGCAGUAUGUCUUCAGCACAUUUGUACAUUAUUUGGUUCAAAGAAAAAAAAAUAACGCUUUUCAGAAUGUCUAUGUAUGAACUUGAAUUUUAAAUUAUUUGUUUUGUUUUUCUUUUAAAGCACAGACCUAUUUUGAGAGAAAAAAAAGUUAUGUAAAUAUUUGAUUUAUUUCAUAUCCAGGAAACGUAAAGAUUUAUGUGAGGUCACAGCGUAAAGAGCAAUGUUUGUGAGUGAAGAGAGCCCAGACACCCAGAUCUGAACAUCUGCUUUAUGAAUGUAUUGUUCUUCCGUUCUGAACCCGGCCGAAUGUUCAACUGCAUGACUCUGUUAAGGUGCCAUACAUUUUAUUUAUUGUUAUUUUUUUAACAAUUACUGGCCCGGAUUUUUUUCAUUUUUGGUCACAGUGAAAUAAAAAACCCAGAGAUUGCUGCUCUGUUUUUUUGAGCACAAACAAAAACUGUGUACAGCACACACACAGACACACAAACACACAAACUCACGGUUGUUUUGUUUUGUUUGUUUGCUUCGGCUCUCAUCUUUUUUGUACACUGGACAAGGCCUCGGACACAUCGGUUCACUGACACAUAAAUACGACACUUGAUGGGAAAUUUGUAUCAUUUUUGUGGUGCGUUUUAUAUCAGCAUUUCUUGACGUUGUGUGUCGGCAUAAAUUAGCCUUUUUUGUUGCCAAACGGGACGCUUUGAGACGUUUGAUUUCUGUUCACGGUGCAUUUCAAACAACACGCCAUCUCUCUUUUUUUUUAACGAUUCUUGGUGCCUUUUUGUGAAGCGGUUUAUGUGCGGAACACGAUCACAGCCUGCGUUCAUCAUUAAAGCAUUCAUGUGUUCUCUCUUGCUUUUCCCCAUGAGGUUGUGCGUUUCUGUCGUUUUGGAGGUUGUCGGUCAGAUGCAAACUUGAAGCCGAACGGUGCACUUUGUCUAUUAAAAGUGGAGUGUUUGAAAACUCGGUGGCUGAGGUGGUUCAUUUGUGGCGUUUUAUCACUGUGAGUGCAGCCUCACAAGCGAAUUGGGGAUGCACGACAUCGGGUUUUUGCAGACAUUUUGCAGCCCUUUUUGGCCGAUAUAUGCACAUUUUAUUUUUCUGUUAACCCUCCUGUUGCCUUCGUUUAUGGGCACCAAAACAUAAUGUUUCCUUGUCUGGAAAAAAAUCCAAAAAUUCUGCAAAAAAAAUCCACAGAUUUCAGAGAAUUUGCAAAACCUUCAGAAAGAAAAUUUAAAGUUUCCCUUAAUUUUAUUUUUUUUAAUAAAAUCACCCAAAUUUGGUAAGAAAAUUCUUGUAAAUAUUUUCAAAAAAUGAGUAAAAAUCGUCCAAAAAAAUCCUAAAAAUAUCUAAAGUGCUUACAUACAUCAGUGAAAUUUCUAAUAUUUUCUUGAAGGACAUUCAAAAAAAAAAAUCAACCAAAAUCCAGCGAAUUUCGCUGGAUUUUGGUUGAUUUUUUUUGUGAAUGUUCUUAAGGAACAUUUUUGACAUUUCUUUUUUUUUCCACCAAAAAAAUGUUUAAAAAUUUCCCAAAAAUGUUGGAAAUGUGAACAUCAGACGUUUCACUGUAAAAGUAUUUUUUUCCACAUUAUCAAACUUUAAAACAGGUAAAUUUAACCCGCAGGACGACACGAGGGUUAAUUGCAGUUCCUCUUGAAGUGGAAUUAACAUAUUAUUCUUGUUUCUCACAAUAAAUACAAACACUACCUAGACAUCAAACAUGCCGUAUUUAUUUUUAUGCAACAUUUUCAGACUAAGUUAUGAGUUUUUAACCUGACAGGCAAUGUCUUCUGUAACUUUUUAAUGUGCGGAUAUCUUCGUGCGUCCCUGCUGCACUAAACCCAAGCUGCUUUUUUGCCUCCAAAUCUGGCCACAUUGGAAGUUUAGUCUAAGAUUUUUUUUUUUUAUUAACUUGCACCAGUCUGGCCUUUACCUGUUGUUGAUUUUUAUUGCAUCUCUGUGGAGCAAAUUUCCUCAAAAAGCCUUAUCAAACACUAAAAUUUCUAGCCUGAACUGUUUUUUUUUUCAGUCAAACAGCGACUUGCCACCGAUAGUGACUUUAUUUUUUCCCUUAAAUCUGAUUUCUAGACCGAUGCUGUUUAACAUUUGAACUGACCACGAAUCUCUUCUGUCAUCAUCAGUCUUUCACGUCGUCUUUAUUUCUCUGUUUCCUGCGUUUAUAUGCGUUCUAUGUUCUCGUGUCUCCCUGUUUUUGGAGAGCAGCUCUGGAGAACGUCAUUAAGCCAAAGGCCACUUUUUCAGUUGUAUGAGUGCAAUGUAAAACCGACACACGCAUACAGACACGCCGUCAUGGAAUAUGUGAAUCUAAACAGGGAUGAAAAAAAUGGCAGAUGUUAACAUUAACUUUUUUAUUGUACAAAAUAUAUAUUUUGUGUUUUUUUUUUUAUUUAAAGCUCACGUUAUAUUACUGUGAAGUUCUGCUUAUCAGUGUUAAGCCUAUUGUAAAUAAUAAAGAUAUUGAUGAAUA